AUGCCUGUGGUCACGCCUGAAAAGCUUGCAAGCCUGCAACGGCAGUCGCAAGACAUUCGCAAUAUUUGCAUUUUAGCCCAUGUUGAUCAUGGCAAGACUUCUCUCACAGACGCCCUCUUGGCGACAAACGGUAUCAUUUCACCAAAGCUUGCGGGCAAAAUCAGAUAUCUAGACUCCAGACCCGAUGAGCAGUCCAGAGGAAUCACCAUGGAGUCCUCCGCUAUUUCACUAUACUUUUCCAUGCUUCGAAGAUCAGCGCCAGAUGCUACACCGGAGCCCAAGGAAUACCUGAUCAACCUCAUCGACUCUCCCGGGCACAUCGAUUUCAGCAGUGAAGUUUCCACCGCAUCGCGCCUUUGCGAUGGCGCCGUCAUCCUCGUUGAUGCGGUUGAAGGGGUCUGCAGUCAAACAGUCACUGUACUUCGCCAAGCAUGGACCGAAAAGCUGAAACCGCUACUUGUCGUCAACAAGAUGGAUCGAUUGGUCACCGAGUUAAAAAUGACGCCCAACGAGGCUUAUCUUCAUCUCAGCAAACUUCUAGAGCAGGUCAAUGCAGUUCUGGGCAGUUUCUUCCAGGGCGAGCGAAUGGAAGAGGAUCUCAACUGGAGAGAAAAGAUGGAGGAGCGUGUGAAUGCUGCCGCCGCGGCUAAAGCUUCCAGCAACGAUGACAAUACCGACUCUGUGGAUCUGGAAUUCGAGGAAAAGGAUGACGAAGACAUUUACUUUGCGCCAGAGAAGAACAAUGUCAUUUUCAGCACAGCUACUGACGGCUGGGCGUUUACGUGUCGUCAGUUUGCCAGUCUAUAUGAAAAGAAGCUUGGCAUCAAGCGCGGCAUUCUCGAAAAGGUCCUUUGGGGCAACUUUUACUUGGACCCCAAAACGAAGAAAGUACUGGGGCCGAAGCAUCUCAAGGGCCGCAACCUCAAACCCAUGUUUGUGCAGCUGGUCCUCGAGCCUGUCUGGACAGUGUAUCAAGCCACUACUGGCGGUGAUAACGGCAAAGGCGACCCAGCACUCUUAGAAAAGGUCACCAAGUCUCUCAAUGUCACUAUUCCACCACACAUACUCAGAGCUCGUGACCCUCGACUGCUCCUUACGACUGUCUUUGCUUCCUGGCUGCCUCUCUCUACGGCACUUUUAGUCUCUGUUAUUGAAUCGCUACCUUCGCCGCCUGUUGCGCAGCAAGAACGUAUACCUGGAGUGCUAAACAGCUCUCCAGGCGCCGCAAGCAUAGAUCCUCAGAUUCGCGACGCCAUGACGGCAUUCAAGCGCGAAAAGUCCGAUCCUGUGGUGGCAUAUGUCAGCAAAAUGGUUUCCGUUCCGGAGAGCGAGCUCCCUGAGAACAAGCGCAAAACUGGUCAGAUGACUGGUGAGGAGGCGCGCGACUUGGCAAGGAAGAAGCGCGCGGAAGCUGCACGAGCUCAGGCAGCGCUGGAAGUAAAUGGAAACGGAGUCGGUUCUCUGACUCAGGCCCUCGGGGACGUCAAUCUCGACGAUCACGUUCCAGAGGCUGAGGAGAAGGAAGCUGAUCCUGAACACUUGAUUGGAUUCUCCAGGAUAUACUCUGGUACUAUCUCCGUUGGCGACAAGCUUUACGUCGUCCCGCCAAAGUGGUCCCCCGCCGAGCCCAACGCCGGACCAAGGCCCCAAGAAAUCGAAGUAAAGGCCUUGUACAUGUUAAUGGGCCGGAGUCUGGAGGCCCUAACCUCUGUUCCCGCUGGUGUUGUCUUUGGCAUUGCCGGUCUGGAGGGCAAGAUACUCAAAUCCGGAACACUUUGCAGCAAGCUUGAGGGCGCUGUCAACCUGGCCGGCGUGAGCAUGGCUGGCCAGCCUAUUGUGCGUGUUGCACUGGAACCCGCCAAUCCUGCCGACUUGGACAAGAUGAUUGAUGGCCUUCGCCUGCUUGUGCAGAGCGACCCAUGCGCCGAAUACGAACAAUUUGCCAGCGGAGAACACGUGCUCCUCACUGCUGGUGAGCUUCAUCUAGAGCGCUGUUUGACGGAUCUCAAGGAACGAUUUGCACGCUGCGAUAUUCAGGCAGGAGCUCCCAUUGUACCCUAUCGCGAGACUAUUGUUCGUGCAGAGGAGAUGAAGCCACCUGUGAACAAGGACCUUGGCCGCGGCGUCGUCGUUACGGAUACCAGCUCCAAGCAGGUCACAUUGACCAUUCGCGUGCGGCCCCUACCUGAAAGCGUCACCGAGUUUCUCAACAAGAACGGUGACUCGAUCAAAAAGGUAUACAACGAACGCUGGCAAAUAAACACAGGAGACGACGUUGAGAGUACGGGAGACGCUAUCGCUGUUGAACCGACUGUCACGUCAAGCACGUUGCUAUCUGCAGAGGAGCUGAAGAAGCAGCUUAAAAAGGAACUGGAAUCAGGCAAGGGUCGUGACGUCUGGAAGAAUACAAUUGAUCGCAUAGCUGGAUUCGGACCUCGAAGAACUGGCCCCAACCUCCUCAUUGACGCUACGAAGGACAGUGUCCUGCCUCGUGUAUUCGCGACAGCAGACCCCAAAGACGCGCCUCUAGCCGUCGGAGAGGCUCUGCAGGCUAGCGACUUGGCCGACAAGAUUACCUACGCUUACCAACUCUUCCUUGCACAGGGACCACUCUGCAAUGAACCCAUUCAGGGAGUUGCUGUAUUUGUGGAAGACGUCACUUUAAAUCUCGCCGAAGACGACACAUCCGCGCGAGACAAGCUCGGCCGCCUCACAGGUGAAGUGAUCAAGGCGUUCCAGUCUGGCGUGCGCAUCGGUUUCCUGGACUGGUCGCCCCGCCUCAUGCUGGCCAUGUACAGCGUGGAGAUUCAGGCCUCAACCGAAGUGCUGGGCCGCGUCUACGAUGUUCUCACCAGACGACGCGGGCGCGUCAUUUCCGAGACGAUGAAGGAGGGGACGCCAUUCUUCACCAUCCAGGCGCUGCUCCCGGUCGCCGAGAGUUUUGGCUUUGCGGACGAGAUGCGCAAGCGAACCAGCGGUGCUGCCCAGCCGCAGCUCAUCUUUGCCGGCUUUGAGAUUCUGGACGAGGACCCGUUCUGGGUGCCGUUUACCGAAGACGACCUGGAGGACCUCGGCGAGCUGGCGGACAAGGAAAACGUGGCCAAGCGCUACAUGGACGCCGUGCGCAGGAAAAAGGGCUUGCUGGUGGAGGGCCGCAACGUGGCCACGGAUGCAGAGAAGCAAAAGACGCUAAAGAGAUAG